CUGAAUUGUCCACAAUUUCGUUUCUGACUGAGUUAGCAUGCGGCUAACGUGCUAGCUAAACUGUCAGCAACAAUUAACCCUAAUGUUAGCUCGACGUGUUAUAUGACUAGCGCUUAGUUAUUUAGACAAAACUUCAAUCACUUAUGACGAUUUUCUUCUGCUGGGUCACUUUUUAUAAGUAAUUCCGGUGUUUGUGUCUAACUCUGUUUGGGGAUCUGUUUACCACCAUAGCCACGCCCAUAUUUUUACUUCAGCACGGAAAAAUGGGCCAAAAAAGAGAUUUAAAUGGCUCAUGAUGCUAAACAUGACGCUACCAGGAACCCAUUAUUCUCCAGUGUUGCCAUAUUCCACAACUGCAACCUACCUAGAGUGUACAAGGUUUUCAGUUCUCAGAGACAUGGCCAAGACAGGAAGUGGUAAAACUUUAGCACACACUUCUGCUCUGUCAGUCAUUAGAGGGACAGGAUGGCACUCAGUCCACUCCCUGUGAUGCUCUUGGUGAUUUCACUCAUACCAGUGGUCCAGGCUCAAGUAAAACCCAAACCGACUGUGAGAGUGAAUCCUCAGAGCUCCGUCUACACUGGAGACACCGUCACUCUGAGCUGUGAACUGCAGCAGGGGACUGGAUGGGCGUUUCACUGGUACAUAAAUAAUCAGUGGCUACGGAAUCUGAGCAGCGAAGAGAACACAUUUAAAGUGACAGUCUAUAAUGCAGGAGAAACAGAGUACAUGUGUUGGGCAUAUAGGAGAAACUACUACAAAGAGCACAGCUACUAUUACAAUGGCUCCUACUACACAGAGCUCAGUGAUCCUGUCAAGAUUACAGUGAGAGAGAGACCACAGGCAGUACUGAGUGUAUCUCCACACAGCUGGCUGACUGAAGGAGACUCAGUGACACUAAGCUGUGAAGUUACAGACUCCUCUACAGACUGGACAUUCAGCUGGUACACAGUUGUUCCCUACAGAGACGGAUUAACUGGAAUAAAUAAUAAUCAUGGCUAUAUUGUCUAUGUGGAGCUCCUCUCAGACAGCAGCAGAGGAUCUGGAGGCAAAUACACUCUCAGUCCUGCUGCUCUUAAACACACAGGAGUUUAUAUGUGCAGAGGAGAGAGAGGAGAACCAGCCCUUCACACACAGUACAGCAAUCUACAGCCACUAUGGAUCACUGGUGAAUCUCCUCCAGUCUCUCUGAUCAUCAAUCCCAGCAGAACUCAACACUUUACUAAUGACUCUCUCUCACUGAGCUCUGAGGACCAGAGUAAGUCUACUGGAUGGACAGUGAGACGAUACACACACAGUGAGAGAGUGUUAGAUUGUUCACACUGGGGAUCAAUUACAGGAUCUACAUGUAACAUCAGCUUCCUCUCCACAUACUACACUGGAGUUUACUGGUGUGUGUCUGAAUCUGGAAAAAACAGUAAUCCUAUCAACGUCACAGUGCAUGAUGGUGAGGUGAUCCUGGAGAGUCCUGUCCAUCCUGUGACUGAGGGACAUCCUCUGACUCUACGCUGUUUAUAUCACAACCCAAAUCCCUCAAACCUCCGAGCUGAUUUCUAUAAAGAUGGAUCAGUUCUCCAGAACCAGACUACAGGAGAGAUGAUCAUCCAAACUGUCUCAAAGUCAGAUGAAGGUUUCUACCAGUGUAAACACCCAGAGAGAGGAGAGUCACUGAAAAGCUGGGUCUCAGUCAGACGUCCUAGAUCCAGUGGAGGAACAUUAGGACUGGUUGUGGGUUUGGGAUUUUUGUUCAUCAACAUACUGAUAUUAAUGAUCCUGCUGUGGUCCUACAAAAGAAAAAAAGAUAUGCAGAAAACCAAUCAGAUAUCAGAACGGAAUCAGAGCCGGUCUGGAGCUGAAGACUCUCAGCCAGGACACACACCGCUACAGCGUGGUGAAGCUGCAGCUGAGAGCAAUGAAGCCAUUUACAAUCAGGUCAAGAAGAAAAAGCAGGCAAACAGAAAUAAUGUUGCAGAUGCUGAUGUGACUUAUGCUGAGAUUGAACUAAAACCAAUGAAAAAAGCCAAGACAAUAAAAGAAAAGAAAAGUGUGGUUGAUGACACAGUCUACUCAGAGCUAAAGCACAACAUGAAGCUUAGGCUCCUUCCCAGCCAGCGAGGUAACAAUCCAUGUCCAGAUUUCGUGUCCAGGGAUUUGGUCGCCGAGGCCCCCGCCUUCGACUGCCACCCAAUCCACAUUGCACCAGCCACUUAUGGUUCCUCCUGCAGGUGGUGGGCCCACAGGAGAUCGGCCCCAUGUCGCUCCUUCGGGCUGAGCCCGGCCGGGCCCCGUGGGGUAAGAUCCAGCCACCAGGCAUGCAAAAUAUUGACACAGAAAAUUACUUACUGAUUUGUUUCUGCGGUCACUGAUUCAACAAGUUAACAAAUAUAUAUCAACAGUGACAGUGAUAUCAGGAGAAAUGUAUUUAUAAAUGUAUUAAUUGUCUCUUUCUUUCUCUCUGCAGUGAGCCACACAUCUGUUCUGAUGAAGCUACAGUUAACAAACUGAUAGAAGGAAAACCUUUUAAAAAAUGAUGAAAAUUGUGUCAAUAGCAGGAGUAAAAGUAUAUCAUUGAGGGGAUGUAAGACAUUGUCCAGGAUGGACACUAGUUUGUUUAUUGUCCUCUUUUCCUUGAGUUAAUCAAAACAGUUGAGGGAGCAGCCCAGUACAGAGCCAGACUGGUAGAAGACACCAGAAUCUAGACAGCAGUAGAGUUUACUCAUGCAUUUCCUGUACACAGGAACAUUACUUUUUUAAUGCAACAUUUUUUUUUACUUUUUACUGCUUUUGUUUUUAUUCUCUUUUUUUAUAAACACAUGAGACAUAUUUGCAUAUUGUGAGCAUUUUUUUAUUGUUCAUAUUUUCAUCUUCACCAAUAACCUGAUUCUUUGUUUCUCACCUCACCAUUUUCGUUGAACUUAUGAUGCAGAUGGAUAUUACUGUAAACUGAAAUAUACAGAAGGGUAUGUGCUAUAAACAAAAUAUAUUGUUAUUACUAUAGACAGAAAUAUACAGGAGGAUAUGUACUAUGCACAUAAUAUAAUAUAUCAGGUGGGUAUAUGUGUGACAAGUGCAAUAUCUUUUAGGUUUGUUUUUAUUUUGAUGGGUGGAUUUCAGGUCCGAAGACAUGCCCACUGCUGCUGAGCUGCGCGUUAAAACUGAGCACACCUGUGCCACGCAAUUAGUGCGGCAUGUUCGUGGCUUUAUAAAAAGCACAUUUGAGUGGGGCUCUUAAAUUUCUCGUGUGUAUGCUAUGUGGGCAGAAAAAGGUCUUUUGUCUUGUAUCUUCCUGUUGCUUUCCCCUGGUGAGUCGCCUGCUUCAUUCCUUUAUUUUUCAGUCACGUAGCAUAGCGGGUCCUUUUUGCAAAGGAGGAAACUUUUUGAAAUGUUUUUUUUUUGUUGUUGUUGUUGUUUUUCAGGUGCGGCCAAAGAGCACUAGCUGUUUUGUCAGUGGCUGUUUUGUUAGUUGCUGUACUGCUUACUGCUGUUUUAUUUUGUUUGUUUAUGUAUUCAUUACUGGUUUACAGUCGGGACCAUUUGGACGUUGCAGCGGUGAACACACUGAUUUACAGAGUGUUUGUAAAGAUUGUUCUGCCCCUUUGACUAUGUCAGUAUUGCAUUGCUGUAUAUUCAUCCCUACUACAAGUUUAUUGAAUUAACCGGUUUUGUAUUUCUUAUCGCUUCAGCAGUUUCGGUGCUUUUUAAAUUAAUCUGUUUUUACCGGGUAUGCCAGGACUGUUAUUUGUAUUCUUCUUUUUUAUAAUUCUUUUUUUGUUUCCUUUGUUUCUAUGAGUGUAUGUAUACAGUAUAUAUCGACCUAUGACUAUCGGACGAUGAACUGUGAUUAGUGAGGCUUAACAGAGGGAGCGUAUAUUUUUGUCUUAUUUUUGGUUUAUCCCUUUUUAUUGGUUUAUCAAUGUGUUAAAUAUUAUGCACUGCUUUGUUGUGUGGUUUGUCCCUUCUGUAAAAGUAGACCUAAUCUAGUUUCUUCUCAUAUUUUAAAGUAUUUUUAAGAGCAAAUUAUUUUCUUUUUUGUAAAAUAAAUUUGUACUAUUUUUUUUGGAAAGUCAUGUCUUCAAUCCCAUCCGAACCAGCAGGGUCCUUCAUAUUAUUGUAAUUUCUUUUUUGGUUUAAUUAUUCUUUUUUUUUUUUGGUUUAACUUAUUUUCAUGGGUAACCCAGGUGCCAUCAUCGGUUCCUUUCCAUUCUCAAUACUUUAUCCAAAGGUUACAUAUACACUGGUAAGGCAAUGGUGAGCAGCAAUGCAAAAAAAAAGAAGAGCAAGUGUGCAAAUGAGCAUAGUUUUGUGAAGACAGUCCAUUAGCGCAAUUGUGAGGUGGGGGGGAUGUAACAGUGUAUAAAGGACAGUAGGAUCAGCGAGGGGCAGCGUUCCAUAAAGAGACAGCUCUAGGAAAAAAGCUGUUUUUUAGUCGGCUGGUCCUGGUCCGGAGGGACUUGAAACGCUUGCCGGAGGGCAGAAGAGAAAAUAGUCUAUGGGCGGGAUGAGAGGAGUCCUUAAGAAUGCUGCGAGCUCGACACAGACAGCGUUUCUUCUGGAUGUCCUUCAUGGCUGGAAGUGGAGUCCAUGUGAUGCGCUGGACAGUUUUCACCACCCGCUGCAAUGCCCUGCAUUCUGCAACAGGCUUGACCAGGCUGGAGGUGCUGGUAGUCCAGGACAGGUCCACCGAGAUGUGGAUCCCCAGGAACUUGAAACUGGAAACGCGCUCCCCAGCCAUCCCAUUGAUGUGGAUGUUGUCAUGUGUGCCUCCUGUCUCUUUCCUGAAGUCCAUAAUGAGCUCCUUUGUUUUGGAGGUGUUAAAGAGCAAGUUAUUGUCAUUACACCAUGUGGCUAGGUGCUGGAUCUCCUCCCUGUAGGCAGUCUCAUCAUUGUUGGUGAUGAGACCAUUCACUAUAGUGUCAUCUUCAAACUUGAUGGAGUUAGAUCCAUUCACAGGCCUGCGGUCAGAGGGAGAAGAGGAAGGGGCUCAGCACACAGCCCUGUGGUACAGCAGUGUUGGUGUUGGAGCAGAUAGUCUGAUCGAACCUGCUGGAGUCUGUUGGUCAGGAAGUCCAUAAUCUAAUUGCAUGUUGUGGUGUAAAUGCCCAGAUCUACUAAUUUGGCUAUUAACCUGGAUGGAAUGAUGGUGUUAAAUGCUGAGCUGAAGUCAACAAACAGCAUACAUGCAUGUGUUCUUAUUGUCCAAGUGUGUGAGCACAUGCAUCACACACUUUUAAUCAACUCAACAGGUGAAAAACAGAAGCUCUCUGCUGUUGGUUUGUGGACAGUCAUGGCUAAGACAAAGGAGCUCACUGAGGACCUGCGGCUGUGCAUUGUGGCUGUUCACAAAUCAGGAAAGGGCUAUAAGACCCUAUCUAAAUGUUUUGAAGUUCCAGUGGCUACAGUGCAAAGUAUUAUUUAAAAAAUCAAGAUGGGUCAUCAGGUAGUUUUAGCUGAUAUCUUCAACAUAUUAAAAGUACAUAAGGCUCAUGGGUACUGUAGUAUUUAGUUCACUGUCUGAUUUGACACACCAAAUAGAUCGAAAAACGUUUUUUUGUCAGAACAGAAACCAUAGCACAAUGGUUAGUACCCUACAAAAAAUAAGCAAUAAAAACAAGGAUAAAAUCACCUGGUUAAAUGUUGAGUAAUGAGCAAAAACAAUGCUUCCGAGUGGCAAAAUGGAAAAAUGUGGUGCAGACAUGAAAGAUGCUUCCUAUUAAAAUACAUUAGAUUGAAAGUUGUGCUGAGUCACACGAAAAAAGGAAGUUUGUGUCCAAUUAAACUUUGUGACUAUGUCACGAACAGCGGUGAGACUUUGUUGCAAUACAAGUUACUUCAGCCUACUUUCUCUCAGGAGUUGAGCACUGAACAAAUUGAUAGACUGAUGUUUUUAUUUAACAUUUAUCUGCAAUUUCUUGUUUGUGUUAAAGACACAUGGCACUAUUCCUGGUGUGAGUGGGAAAGGAAAAAAAAGUGUUUUAAUCACAACACACGGAAAUGUUUUUGUGACUUAAAUUAUUCAUUUUCACACUCAAAGUCAUAUAUAACAGUGUGUAAAUAACUGAAAUGUUAAGUCUUUUUAUAAUAAUAAAUGUGGACAGCGCCCUCUAUCUGUUUCACACUACAAAUUUAUUGGGACAUGAUGUGGGUAAGUUGUGUGCUUUGAGUGUUUUAAUUGUAAAAGUGAUUAAAACACAAAAGAUACUCUUCCGAUAUCAAGUAUUUUUGUAAUGAACAUGUUCUGGUCAUGUGAUCUACUAAUAAUUAAUGUGUGUGUGCAGCCACAAACCCUACAAGUGUUUAUAAUAAAGGUCAAAAACGAUCAGGACAAAAAAUAAGGAACACUG